AUGCACCAUGCCGGUCUCCACGAGCGGGAUCGAAAGACGGUGGAAGAGUUGUUUUUGUCGCACAAGAUUCAGGUGCUCGUGGCCACCGCCACGCUGGCCUGGGGUGUCAACUUGCCUGCGCACCUGGUCGUGGUGAAGGGCACCGAGUUUUUUGAUGGCAAGACCGGCCGUUACGUUGACUUUGACAUUACAGACAUUUUGCAAAUGACAGGUCGUGCAGGGCGCCCUCAGUUUGAUGAUCACGGUGUGGCUGUGAUCAUGGUUCACGACGUCAAAAAGCACUUUUACAAAAAGUUUAUGCACGAGCCCUUUCCUGUCGAAUCGGCACUGGCUGGCCAGCUGGUCAACCACUUUAAUGCCGAGAUUGUGGCCGGCACCAUCGCCUCCAAGCAAGCGGCUAUGGACUACUUGACCUGGACUUAUUUCUAUCGCCGCCUGCUGAUGAACCCGUCGUACUACCAUCUCGAGGACACGGAGCCCGAGGGUGUCAACAAGUUUUUGUCAGAGCUGGUGGAGGACUGCAUCUGGCAGCUCGUGCAAUCGGGCUGCGUGGUGGUGGGAGAGGACAACGUCUCUCUGGAGCCAGACGUGCUUGGUCGCAUCGCGUCCUACUAUUAUUUAGACCAUCAAACCGUGCGCCAUUUCCGCAACGAGAUGCGUGACCACCUCAACAUCCCAGAGCUCCUCAAGAUGUUAUGUGAUUGCCAGGAGUUUGCCGAGCUGCCCGUGCGUCACAACGAGGAUGAGCUCAAUGGCCAACUGGCCAAGGAUUGUCUGCUGCCCGUGCCACAAAGCGCACUGGACUCACCGCACGUCAAGGCCAACCUUUUGCUGCAAGCACACUUCUCACGUCUGAAGCUGCCCAUUCCCGAUUAUCGCACGGACACCAAGCGGGUGUUGGAUCAGUGCAUUCGUAUUUUGCAGGCUAUGGCAGAUGUGGCGGCAGAUGCGGGUCACCUGACAACCACACUCAACAUAAUGUCGCUGACCCAGAUGGUAGUGCAGGGGCGCUGGAUUACAGACUCCUCGCUGACCUGUUUGCCCGGGGUGGAGUCACUACAUGCUGAUGCCAUGGCAGGCUGGCGACCUUCGAUUGUAUGCCUUCCCCAGCUCAUUGAACGGGCCGCAGUUGCUCGCGAUGCUACCCAAGCUCGUUUGCGGGAGUUGCUGGGCCAGGAUAAGGCGCAACAAUGCAUGUCGGCCCUGACCACCAUGCCUCGGAUCAACGUGUCGCUUCGCGUGCUGGAUGCCGAGCUGGAGGCUUUGCAGCCUGAUACGGCCUACACACUUGAGGUGCAUUUUGAGCGACUCCAAGCUGUCAAGCAAGCUCAGGCCGUGGCGCCCGCGUUUCCAAAGCCCAUCGACGAGAGUUGGUGGCUCGUGCUGGGAGACACAACCACGGGGGAGUUGAUUGCGCUGAAACGCAUGGGCCCAAUUCGCUCUCGCUCUCGCACGACCAUCCAAUUUUACACCCCCGGGGAAACGGGCGACUUUUCCUACACGUUUUUCAUGAUGUCGUCUGCUUACCUGGGCCUGGAUCAGCAGUACGACCUGGGGAUGACGGUCACGGACGCCGAGGUUGUGGAGCAUGUGGAAGCGCCAGAAACAGUGGUCAAGCCGCAGUAG